AGCUCUGUUUAGCCCCACCUCUCUCGCAUGGAGCAGGGAGUCAGCUCUUUCUUUUCCAAGUAUUUCAGACACACUGAAACUACUUUAUGCAACUGGUUGUCAGUAAAAUGGCUGGGACGCAACAACAUCAACAAGAGGAGCAACAGUUCUGCUGCUCAGUGUGUCUGGAUCUGCCAAAAGAGCCAGUUACUAUUAACUGUGGACACAGUUACUGUAGAAGCUGUAUUGAGGGUUGCUGGGACCAGGAGGAGGGAAAGGGAGAGUACAGCUGCCCUCAGUGCAGAGAGACCUUUAGUCCUAGGCCUGUUCUGAGGAGGAACAACAUGCUGGCUGAGCUUGUGGAGAAGCUGAAGAAGACGAGCGCCCCCCCGGCUGCUGCUGUGGCCUGUGCCAGCCUGGCAGAUGUGGCCUGUGCCGGCCCGGCAGAUAUUGCCUGUGAUUUCUGCUGUGGGGCCGGACAAAACAGAGCCACCAUGUCUUGCCUGACGUGUUUGGCCUCUUACUGUCCAGCUCACCUGGAGCCACACUACAGCGUUCCUGUGUUGAAGAAGCACCAGCUGGUUUCAGCUACAACCCCACUGCAGCAAAAGAUGUGUACGAAACACAACAAGAUGUUCGAGGUCUACUGCCAGACAGACCAGCAGCUUGUUUGCUCUCUGUGCACUGUAGAAGAGCAUAAGGGCCACAAGACGAUUCCUGUCUCCGUACAGAAGGCUAAGACGGAGAAACGACUGGUUUCGAGUCAGAAGCAAGUCCAGCAGAGAGUCCAGCAGAGGGAGAAGGAGCUGAAGGAGCUGAGCCAAACCGAGGAGAAUCUCAAGCAGAGUUGUGCCCAGACUGUGCUGAUGGACUGUGACAAGAUCUUCUCUGAGCUGAUCUUCUCCAUGCAGAGGAGGCGUAUAGAGGUGAAGCAGCUGAUCAGUGACCAGGAGAAAACCGCUGUCGCUCAGGCCGGCCAGCUUCAGCUGCAGCUGCAGGAGGAGAUCACCAAGCUGAGGAGGAGACACACCGAACUGGAACAGCUGUCCAAUGCUGACGAUUACAUCCAUAUGAUUCAGAUUUUUGAGUCUCUCUCCACUUCCUGUGACUCUGCUGACUUUUCACCAGGUGCCGCCCCCCCGCGGUCCUUCAGUGGCGUGACUGACUGCGUGUCUGAGCUGAGAGAUAAAUUAGAGAUUGUCCUGAGGGACGCUUGGCCCAGGAUCUCGGCCACAGUUUCCUACGUUGACUUUUCACUACUGCCCACACCAAAAACCAGACAAGAGUUUUUAAGCUAUUGCUGCCCCCUCACACUGGAUGUGACCUCAAACUACCCCUAUCUCUACCUCAUAUGCAAUAACCUCAGAGUGAGGCCGUCACCCAGCCCGUAUGCAGCUCACUCAGACCGCUUUACUCAGUUUCCGCAGGUGCUGUGCAGAGAGGGUUUGUCAGAGCGACAUUACUGGGAGCUGGAGUGGUAUGCUCGCACUCUGUCUGCAGCAGUGGCAUACAGGGACAUCGACCGAACUGCAGACGAGUCAAAGUUUGGAAACAAUGACAAGUCCUGGAGUUUAGAGUGCACAGCAGAUGGUUACUCGUUCCGUCACAAUAACGUAGAAACAACGGUUUCAGGUCCUCGCUCCAGCAAGAUUGGAGUGUAUCUGGAUUAUAAAGCAGGCAUUCUGUGUUUUUAUCACGUCUCUGAACCGAUGGUUCUGCUUCACAAAGUCCAGACCACGUUCACCCAGCCUCUUUAUCCUGGGCUUGGGCUGAACUAUGAAUGGUAUGAUGUUGGAGUGUUUGCACAGCUGGUCAAGUUAUGGAAGUAAAAAUGUGUGUGUGAUAGCAAGUUUUCUGAUGGAAAGGUUUUGGCAGUCCCAAAAGACUAGAAAUAAAUAGAUUUUAAAAAUGACUGCAACUAUGUGGUACAUAGCUCCAGGGAAGAAAUAGUAGAAAACAUUACAGACGGGAGGGAAAGGGAAACAUUUUCUUCUGCAUUCUCUGGAAAAAUAUUUUUGCAGACACACACUUUUGCAUUGUACCAUUGAAUAUUUAACUUCCUCUAUCGAUUGCCCCAUUGGUAUAGAGAUCAAAGAAAUCUGUCAUUCACUUUUAACAAGUUUCUGCUAGAACAGAUUUAUUUUCCUCCCUUUUGCUGACUAAUAGACAGACAUUAGCAGGAGAAAACUGGCAUCAGUCUGUUGUUGUAUAUCAGAUGUUAUCAAGGAAGGAACGUAACAGAGCGUAACCUGAUAAAGCCCCCCCCCCCCAUCCUGGAUUCAGUAAACCUACACAAUUCCAUAGUAUGUCUGUCAUCUGUUUUCUUGAGAAUGAGCUUUGUUCGCUUUAUUUUUUUGGUGGUUGAGCAUCACAUUCAUAAGUUUAGAGGCUUAUCCAGGUGUUUCUCUUUUCAUCCCUGGCAAGACAAAACAGCAACUUGCAAGUUAUUGCAAGCGCUGAAUCCCUGAAGUGGUUUUGAAUAUGUUGAAAUUUUACAUGGUCAAACUCACGUACACAAUAUAAUUAAAGUAAUACAAAAUGCAUUGUAAUCCCGUGGAUUGUGCUUUGAAAAAUAAACAUGAUUGCAUUGUU